AAUGAUAUGCGACAAUUUGAGAAAUCCAUUUCUAAUAAUAGGGAAACAUAAGAACUUCUUCAAGUUAAGUAAGCCUUAGUUCAAAGAAUGAUCAUAAAUGUAAACAAAAAACAAAAGACAAAAGCAUUUACACGAACCCAGGACGUGUGCGGACUUAGAAAUGAUUUAACAAUGCUCAUUAGCAGGAAGACCAAUGGCGCAACAUGCAGCCUCAGGCAAAAGAGCCCCGAGCUCAACCAUGAAAAUGUCAAAAUAAAUAGUGAAAAUCUCGAUUCCCCGAAGCAGAUUUUGUAAGUCAGUUGUUUUUUUUAUUCUGAUGUUUUAUGUUUUAACGAUUGCAGUAUUCGAGUUUUAUGACAUUCAUAGACGACGAACACCGCCCACAAAUAACAUUUUAUUGUCUUCGCCCACAGGGGAAUCCUCACUGCUAUAUAAACAUUGUUCCAUUCUUGCUGUCAACAUCGUCAGCUUUGUCGGAGUCUGGAGCUGGUUGUCAAACUGUGCGAUGACAAUGUACCUGUCAGUGUGUCUGGCUAUGGCAGCACUCUUGGGCGGGUCCUGGGCCCAGUCAGGGUAUGACUAUGUGGGCCCUUAUGGACCUCGGCAAGACAUAGAGUUGGCCUCCAAAGCAAGGAGGGUCAUUAAAGAAGCAGAGACGGCCGCUGCAAUAGAAAAUGCUCUCCAAAAGAAGCUGGACAUGUCCAAGGCGCAGGUAAUACAGCUGCUGACUGUGCUGGACAACAUCAACACCACCACCAUUCAGAGCAUCAUCAACGCCAGUCAGCAACAACAAGAUCGACUUUCCAAAUUAAGUGCAAAGGUCAAGAGCAAUCUUGAGCUUCUAACGUCUCUGGAGAACCGCCUAGCUGGCGCUGUGGUCCAGGAGGCAGAGAUUAGACCCUCCUCGGUCCCCAUAGAGGAAUUAUUGGCUCUCGACCGCAAGCAGAAGGCUGAUCUCGCCGCCUUCGACAUUGCCUUCGGAGAGGUCACACGGGAGCUUGAACAGCAAUUGUCUGCAGACAAUGACACAGCAACUUCCAGCAUCGCCACUCUUGCCGCCUCCAUCGGUUCCCUGGUUAAGUUCGUUAACUCCAGGAAAUGUAUCACCAAGGCCGCUACCAUAGAGCUGAAGGGCCAGAAAAGCGCCGACAUUGAAAUCCCGAUUCCACCAGGUGUCUUUGCUGCUGGUGACGUUCCACAGGUGUUCAGUGCCCUCCAAGGCUUCCAACUGGCUGCUGAUGUCUCGCGAUCUGUUGCUCCGCCUGUCUAUGGACCAGGGGCAUUCUAUGGACCUGGCCCAGGCUAUGCCAACUACCCAGAGUCAGAUGACCGCCGCUUCCUGGGUGUCUCUGUCGUGUCCAAGGCGUUUGCGGACAAGAUCCGCGUGACUGUCGUUGACCAGAGCCAAGGAGCCGGCAACAAUGUCGCUGUCGCCUACGUGCAGGUGAAGGCCUGUUCCCUGCCGCCUGCUGCCUUCUCUCCCGGUCAGGUGCUGGUCUCCAAGCCCAACAAGUACUGAUCUCCUAGACAACAAGGACACACCUUUAAAGUUCAAACUCGACCUAAUGCAUUUUAGCAGGUGCUUGCUGGUCAGAUGGUGUGAGCGGCACAUUUUAUCUAACAAGGCAUCGUGACAUGGACGGUUACUGGCGAUGUUGUCCAUCUUCUAUGGUUAGGUAAUGAACACGACUGUAGUAAAUUUCGUCUUUUUUAAAAAUAAUGGAAGUUGUCUUUUUCGAGCAGCAUACAUAGCGCAGUUGUAAAUUUUUGCUAUUAAUGAUUAAUGGGUCACAGUAGUGUGUAUAUUGAUGUAUGUCAAAAGUUAAUAAAUAUGCUUGUAUUUGGCGUGAGAGAGUUGGCUUGGUUUAUUUUGAGACCAGUCUUGUUGAAAUUUGAAGUGUCUUUGUUUGCUAGGGAAGUUACAGGGAAGCUGAUUAAUCUCAACAUCUGAAGCAAUCACAGAGCACUGUAAAUGCAUCUAUAUUCCUCAUUACUAAACACACAGGAUCGCCAUUCUGUCUGCUCUGAACCUUUAGUUUCUGUUGACAUUACUUGUAAAGGUAAUUCGGAAAGAACUCGACGACUAGCUAAGGCAUGAUGUAUUGGAAUAAUCACAAAGAAAACGACAAACCAUUUCCUUUUGAGAUAUUAAAAACAGCUGGACUGAAAACAAUAAAUAAAAAGAAGCAUUAUUUCAAAACGUUGUUGUGGCAAUGAAGUGAAACGACUAGAAAGUAUGAAAUGAAUUAUACACGUCCAACAGCGUAAUUACGUAGAUUGGUUUCUGGAAUACUUAUAGGGUGUGUAAAUUUAGUAAAAGUAUUUGUCAUCAGUAUUGAUUUUAAACUCAAGAUGAUAGCACAAGCGUCUUGAAGUUGAUUAUAACCUCUUUGUGAAAUGUUUAUCUGUGUGUGUUUGUGUGUGCGCGCGGACACGUGGGUGUAAAUAUGCUUUAAAGAAAUUGUUUACCGAGAAAAUGUGUUUAGUAGGAUUAAAAAAUAACAAACAUA